GCCAUGUUUUGAAAAUCGUUGCUAGUUCGACUUCUGCUGUGCUUUGCUCAGCUAAAUUCCACUUGAAGACAAAAGGGGUGGGGAACAACCUGAACUUUGCAUGCAAAGGUCAAGCUUCCAGGAUCCUCACACAGACUGAGACUGGAAACAGUAAUGAUGAUUGAGCAGGGUUGCAGCCAAACCACAGAAUGUGAUACCUUGUCUGACUACCAUGUCAACAUACAUGUACAUAAAUGCACAUGUACAAAGCCAACUUUUUCGUGUCUUAGUUGGCUGAUGCAGAAUUCUGGGAACACCCGUCUCAAGGGAUUGUGUGUUCAGGUCGGACUUCCUGUUUGUAGAAUGGUCUGUUUACAAGGUCCCAGUCGGUGUGUACAACACAUCAACACCACAUUGUAAUUACGACACACUCUGGAAAUGAACCCUCCCGACCCUGCCCAAGUGAUUUUUAUUAAUGCAUUCCCUGCGUCUCUGCGCAGGAUGCCAAAGCGCACACUGAGGUUACUCGACUCCGUACAAGUAUCUCAUAGGCUACAUGUAGAUGCUGACAAACGCUUCGAGCACCAUGUGCAAAGCACCCAAGUACCUGAGACACUAUAGGUGAAAGCACCAUAUGUUGCCGCAAUGUUGUUCCAUUCUAUUCUAAGAACAGCUGCAUCCAGGAGGUUAUGUCCUAUCUUCAAAAACCCAACUGAAUGGUGUAAUAAUUAUGCAUCAAGCAGACAUGUUUGUAUGUCUGAUGCUGCCUCAUUGCUGAAUAUCGGCAAAGAAGACAGAUUUAACUGUAUCCAUGUGAAUGUGGGGGACGAUCGUCAUCUAAAGAGUUGUAAAUCCGAAGGAUCGGCUGCAUUUACUCAUUCUUUGUCGGAAUCAUUAUCACAGUGGCGGCUGGAGAGUCGCACGGCCGUUUGGUUAAAGUUCCCUAAGGAGCAGUGCCACCUGAUUCCAUUGGCUGCCAAGCAGGGCUUUGAGCUUCACCAUGCCAAGGACGGGCAUGUGGUGAUGUCAAGGUGGUUACGUCAGGAUGCCAGCCGUCUGCCUAGGUAUGCCACACACCAAGUUGGGGUGGCAGGUUUUGUGCUAAAUGAAGAAACAGAAGAGGUCCUGAUGAUUCAAGACAAACACAGGUUGGUAAGAUGGAAGUUUCCCGGUGGUCUGUCCAAUCCAGGGGAGGACAUUCAGGAUACAGCCAUCAGGGAAGUCAAUGAGGAGACGGGGCUUCAGACAGAAUUCAAAUCUAUCUUGUCAUUCCGCCAGCAGCACAAUCACCCAGGGGCCUUUGGUUGCUCAGACAUCUACGUUGUCUGCCGUCUGGCACCCCUGACCUAUGACAUUCAGAUCUGCCCAACUGAGCUGGAGGAUGCACGCUGGAUGAAAGUGGCAGACAUUUUGGCUUCAGAGGAGGAUCACUCACCACUUACGGUACGAAUGAGCAACCUGGUCAUGUGUGGUCUCAGGGACGGCUUUGACAGGAUCGACAUAGCCAUCGAUGAACUCCCCUCAGUCUACAACACCACCUACAAGCUGUUUCACAGGCCAUAUAUUGUAAAGUAACUCAGGGAAGCCACAUUUUAACGAGGUAGAAAAUUCUAUGCAAUUAUAGUUUUAAUGAAGUCAUGUGCUCAACUUAUUUACCAAGAGACUAGAUAAUGCCACUGAUUUGCUAUCUUCAACUGCUUUAUUCGACCCUAUGGGAGGGGCACAUUACUCAUGUCUCUGUAGUGAAGAUUCAAAGUAGGAGGGAAACCAAGGCUCUAAAAGUGGUAGGGGUAAAUCAUCCCCCUUGUCCAAUCAGAGGUGAGAUUUGUCAGGAUAUUUCUUGAUAUCAGGAUUUUUUUCAUCAGCUUUUUCCUGAUUUCAGGAUUUUUCAAACAUUCUCUUUAAAAUCUGGAAAAUCCAGAGACAGUGUUCUAGCCAGGCAUUCAAAAGCAUAUUGGGCCGGUAGGCUGAGCAAAACCCCGACACGCUGAAAAUCGUCCGAUACGCAGUUGAUACGUUUCUAUAUUCCAUGGGAAGAGUUGCUAAUAUAAAUUUUUAAAAAUUGCAAUCAGAAAUUUGAAAAAAGUUCUUUUAAAACACCGAUGAAAAGUCACCAGAACAUCGGCAAUAUGCACCAAAAUCCAACGCACCACAACGCAGCAUAGCCAGCGAGGUCGUACACACACAAAAGUACGUACAUGUACACCCAAGUUUUCACAGUUCUGUGGAAAAUCACUCAUGCGCGGCAAGAACAAUACUGGUUCCUGCAGCGCUGCUGACAAUGUAAUACAAGUGUAGAUGGGUCUGGAAGCCACGAUGGCAUGGCUGGCAGCACGGUGGUUGCCCGAUCCUUUCAUAGUACGCCUCGAAAACUGAUUGAAGAAAGCUACAGCUAACUUGUCACAAACCUGCUCUUUCCCUGUAGUUUCUUCUAAUGCAUUAAUAUCGAUGGUUAUUGUGAAAUACUUUGUCGUGGUUCAUGAGGAUGAUUUUUGGUAAGACCCUGGCACACACACUGUCUCGGUGUUGCGUGCAUAGUACUGUACCACAUCCAUGCACAGUCUUGCAGUGUUUUCGUAUGGAUCUUCACAUUUCCUUCGUAAUUUCGGUAUCGUUAAUCCUUCUCAUUCAUUUUUUGGUAGUGUGUGUUCGUUAUUUUAAGACCAAAUUUUUUACUUUUUUCAACACAAACAUCUAACCUUCUGAUAAUGAGAAUAAGUUUGGAAUGAUCAUGCGACAUACAGACAUAUUCUUUUUGACAAAAGUUUUAGAACCUAGCAAGAAAAUACAAACAAUGGUAGGGGCCUAGGUGAAAAGUUAAUUUCCAAGUAGGCGAGCCUGUUUUUGUAUACCCGAGGUGAGGCGAGGUGAAGGCCUAUUAAGCUAGUUAUAUUUCAUUGAUGCACAUCCAAACAAUUUCGUACCAUGGAGCUUCUCAAACAAGAACAAGCACAUGUAAAAUACAAUUGUGCAGUAAUGAAAUGUGGAUCAGAUACUUACAUGUAUUAGACAUUUGCCCCU